ACAUAUAGUCUAGCUCUAAAGCUCGCCGUUUCGGAUCCGCUUUGUCUUUUUCCUAGCCGCAUCUAACAGCUAGCUUACAUUAGUUCCAUCUUCUUAUGCUUUAUCAUGGGUUUUGAAAUAUCAAAGCUCAAAUUUUGAGAUUUAAAAAAAAAAAAAUUGUUUCUCACAAUGUCUGCAACCACCAAUCUCAUCUGUUGUAGCUUCUUUCACGUACCUCAAAACUCUUCAAAGUUCAAAACUUUAAUCCGGGCUAGAAAUCUUAGCCAACAAAGUCCAUUACUGUACAAAAGGACCUCGAAUUUCUCAGUAUUCCUUAACCCCACAAUCAUAAGCCUUUAAUUUCCUCAUUUCAGCAAAUGGGUGUUCUUCAAAUAUGUAAAAGUACCUUGCAAACCCAGAAUUCAGAAGAAGAAACUGGUCAGGAUAAAGGGCUUUCGGAUAAUAAUAACAAAAAAGAAGGAAGGGAUUGGACGACCUCGAUUUUGCUUUUUGUGUUGUGGAGUGCUCUCAUGUACUAUGUUUUCAAUCUCACACCUGACCAAACCCCGUCGAGGGACGUGUACUUUUUGAAAAAGCUCCUGAAUUUGAAGGGAGAUGAUGGUUUUAGGAUGAAUGAAGUACUUGUCUCCCUGUGGUACAUCAUGGGAUUGUGGCCGUUAGUGUACAGCAUGUUGCUGAUUCCAACAGGCAGAAGCUCAAAGAACAACAUUCCCACCUGGCCGUUUCUAGUACUUUCAUGCUUUGGUGGUGCAUAUGCUCUUUUACCAUAUUUUGUUCUAUGGAGUCCACCACCACCACCUGUUGAAGAAAAUGAACUCGGAAAGUGGCCUUUGAAUUUUCUGGAAUCAAAAUUAACUGCUGGGGUGUCACUUGCCGCGGGAAUAGGUUUAAUCAUUUAUGCAGGUUUAGAAAAUGCUGAUAUUUGGAGAGAGUUUUUCCAGUACUUCAGGGAAAGCAAAUUUAUUCACAUCAUGACCCUGGAUUUUACUCUACUAUCUGCAUUUGCCGCUUUCUGGGUUUAUAAUGAUAUGACUGCCCGUAAAUGGUAUGACAAAGGUUUUUGGCUUCUUCCCUUAUCAUUGGUGCCAUUCAUAGGUCCUGCUCUUUAUCUUGUCUUACGGCCAUCACUGUCAGAUUUGCCUGUUACAGUUACCACAACUACAUCCGAUCAAAAUUAGAACUUAAGCUCCUCGUCUUCUGAUGAUGAACUUAUACCGACCUCAGAAAGGGGUCCCCAAGACGAUAGAAUUAGAUAAUGAAUGAAGUCAUCCCAGUGAAAAAUGGAGCCGGUGCCACAUGAUGAAGAGUUUAUUCCUCUUACAGGUGCAUCAAGAAAUUAUCACAUAAAGUUUCCUACCUGUAUACAUAUAUAUGUUCGAUAACAAAAAAAUACGCAUAUGUAUGUAUACAUGUUUUCGUUACAGUGAGAUUCUGCUGAUAUAUGGCGUACUUUUUUAUUGGCUAUUGACGAGAGAUGUUACUUGUUUAUAUUCUUGGCUUCCACCAUGUAGUAUAUAAGAACUUGUUUCAUUUGCUA